AUGGCUGGAGAAAAUGGCAGGACGAGGUCAGCCCUGAUUCUAUACGGUUCUGAGACAGGAAACGCACAAGAAAUAGCAGAAGAGCUUGGUCGUACCGCAGAACGUCUCCAUUUUGUGACGCACGUCAAAGAAUGUAACGAUGUCAAAGCAGAUACUCUGGCCUCGUAUUCACUUGUUAUUUUCGCAGUGUCGACUACCGGUCAAGGCGAUUUUCCGCUGAAUGCUCGUGGCUUUUGGAAGACGCUUCUGCUGAAAAGACUUCCGCCUACUUUCCUCGGCGGUGUUAAAUAUACGCAAUUCGGGCUGGGUGAUAGUUCUUAUCCAAAGUUCAACUGGGCUGCUCGCAAGCUACGCAAGCGUCUAUCCCAGCUAGGUGCUACCGAGAUAUAUCCCUGUGGAGAAGCUGAUGAGCAGCAUCCAGAAGGACUCGAAGGAACUUUCCUUCCAUGGGCCACCAACCUGCGCAACCAUUUAUUAGAGCAGUAUCCUCUGCCAGAGGCCCUUCAACCCAUACCAGAUGAUAUACAGCUCCCACCAAAAUGGAUUUUGGAAGAGGCAUCUACCCAGCCUCUCUCGUUGGGUGACUCAAAUCAAAGAAAAAAAGAUAUAUUGCUAGAAGAAAGCGCGGAGCCCCAUUUAUAUCGCCUGGAAUCCGAUAAUAGGCCCAUCCCGGAUACAUUAACCGUAACUCUGACUCAAAACAAACGAGUUACUCCUCAGGGACACUGGCAGGAUGUACGACAUAUAUGCCUGACCACCCCUGAAACACUGAUAUAUUCCCCGGGUGAUAUGAUUUCGAUUACGCCUAAGAACUUCUCGGUGGAUGUUGAUGAAAUGCUAACAUUGAUGGGCUGGUCGGAUGUGGCUGAUAAGCAUCUGUCAUUUAUCCCUGGUACCCUGCUACAAGGGCGACCCAGGAAUGAGCUCCCAGCUCCUCCUAUCCCAUAUCUUGCCAACACAGAAUCCUCGCCUAUAACCCUUCGCACCCUUCUCACUGAAUAUCUUGAUAUUCGAGCGAUCCCACGGCGGUCAUUUUUCGCAAAUAUUGCCCAUUAUACUACAGAUGAGCAACAUAAAGAGAGGCUUCUCGAGUUCACGAAUCCGGAGUUCAUUGAUGAACUUUGGGAUUAUACCACCCGCCCACGUCGAAGCAUUCUCGAGGUUCUGCACGAUUUUGGUACGGUGAAGAUACCCUGGCAACAUGCUGCAUCAGUCCUACCUAUAAUCAGAGGUCGUCAAUUCAGUAUUGCUAGUGGCGGUGAACUCAAGGAAUUGCUAAACCAGAAAACCGGAACGAAAUUCGAACUUCUUAUAGCAAUUGUGAAAUACAGAACUAUUCUCAAGAAGAUUCGAGAGGGCGUCUGCACUCGGUAUCUAUCAGUGCUUCGGCCUGGAAGCACUCUGAAAGUGCAACUACAACGUGGUGGUCUAAACCCAACUUUGAAGCAACUUGUUGGCCCUGUGGUCUUAGUUGGACCUGGUACGGGCCUAGCACCACUAAGAGCAAUGAUAUGGGAAAAAGCAGCGAUGAUCAAAGCUUCACAGGAGGAUCAGCUAGAAGCUCCGUUGCCCAAGAUUGGAUCUACGAUUCUACUCUUCGGUGGCCGAAACCGUGCCGCAGAUUACUAUUUCGAGGAGGAGUGGGAACGCCUGGAGAAAGAAGGAUUAUGGAAUCUCCAAGUACUGACGGCAUUCUCACGGGAUCAACAACAAAAAGUCUAUGUUCAAGACCGGAUUCGAGAACACGCUGAAGGUAUAUUUAGAUUAUUACAUGAAGAUGGAGGAUCAGUGUUUGUUUGUGGAUCAUCAGGCCGAAUGCCGCAAGCUGUCAGAGAAGCGCUAAUUGAAUGCUUUCAGCACCGAAAUUCAUCGGUUUCUGAGUCCAUCACAUAUACUCGUGAGCAAGCCGAACAUUUCCUCCUGGAAAUGGAGAAGACUGGACGCUACAAGCAAGAGACUUGGUGAUCAGUGAA